AUGCUCAAAGUACAGCCCCAGGCGUCAAAGCCAAGUAGCGGCGAAGGGGAAACACAACCUCUCGUCCACGCGAGACCGGGUCCUUUGACGCGUAGCGCCACCCGCGCAGCUGCUAAGAGCCCGUCGGCGGUACCCGAGAGCAAGUCAUCCGCUACCAUCGAUCACCUUGCCUUCCCCCACAUUAUCGACAACAUCUUCAGCUGCCUCGACAUGCCCGGCUACGCCAUUGCAAGCAAGGUAUGUUCAUACUGGAGGAGGAGGGCAAACAAGGUCCUUCAGCGCCACGUGAUCGCCUCGAAGCACCAGGACGGGGUGGUGUAUCAACCCAAAAGCUACGAUCAUCCGGCGUGGCCAUAUCCCCGAUACUUCAUGUGCGCAGAGCUGUUGGUCGAGUUUCAGGAAGCCUGGAGCCCCGAUGAUAUGAACGGAAACAAGCAUAUCGACCAUCUCAUCAAGGACUGCACUCCCGGAAUGCAGGAGCUGUUCAAGAACGUCGAGAUCGUGGACUACAUGGGGCCGCCUGCCAUCAAACAUGAAGACGCCUAUGAACUCUCCAUCGCCUUUGUGCUUUCCAAGCGGAACCACGUUACCGCCCGAUACGACGCAAGGCUGAGACUUGGACCUGAGUUUUUGGAGGAGACCGCCGCAGACACCCAGGUCGUCUUUCUCAAGCACCCAGUGUCUCGCGUGCAGCCAGUCAUCGCCAAUACGGUAGUGGUCAAUCUCGACUGUGGCUUACCGACACUGAGCCCACUCAUGGGAGAGCGCGGACCGGGCCACGAGCAGGGCUGUCCACCAGGAAUGCCCCUGUUGUUCUUCGAAUUUCCAGAUCCCAUGCCUCUCGUUGUUUUGUUUGAGCAUGACCAACCCCACGGCAAACUUGGAAGCCCGGCUUCCCAACAGUGUGCCCAUUGGCUCAAGCGCUACUUGUAUCAGUGGUUUCGUCCCACUCUCGAUCACCCUAUCACCCUUGUCGGCUUGAGCAAGUUCUUCAGUGUCGAGGAGGACUACAGGGCAUUCAAGCAAGAGUUCUUCGACAAUCUUCCUUCCGGUCACAAUGUGGAGUUCCUGACCCGCAAGCAAUACUGGCGCCGCGUUGGUUCUGAGACGUACCGCUUGCACACGAAGUUUUAG